AUGGGAGCAGCGAGUAUUAACGUAAAUCCGUAUAGGCUAUACGCACCUCAGCCACUCUCACCUAUUUUCAAAAGAGCCCCACACCACCUGCCAAAGAUGCAAUGCCCCAUUUACCGUCAAACACCUAAUGAUCGAGUGCAAACAAUACGAACAAGACAGUAUAUAAGCUGGCCUACCGAACGAGCUUACAGGAACCCUAAUGGACAACAAUGGAGGUAA